AUGUGCUUGGUUCUAGAGAUGCUUUUUGAGGCGCCGUCGCGGGACGCCGUGCGGCAGCUGUGCCAGGAGAGCUUCUCCAGCCCGCCCGCCGCCCUCGGCCCGCUGGCCCGCCGCGCCUGCCCCGGCCUCGCCGCCGCUCCCGAGGAGGCCGCGCAGCUCGUGUCUGCCCUGCACAACCUCACCAGGCACGUGGUGUACCGGGGCCUGACAAAGCCGGAAGACAUUCUCGCCCUCUUUCCAGAAAACUUCCACCAAAACCUGAAAAACCUUUUAACCAAGAUUAUCUUGGAGAAUGUUUCUACUUGGAGAAAUGAAGCUCAAGCAAGUCAGAUCUCCCUGCCUCGCCUGAUUGACAUGGACUGGAGGGUGGACAUCAAGACCUCUUCAGACAACAUCAGCAGAAUGGCAGUCCCUACUUGCCUGCUGCAGUUGAAGAUUCAGGAAGACGCUGCCUUAUGUGGAAAUAAUCCUGUUGUUUCUGCAAUGACUGUGGAACUGAGUAAAGAAACCCUGGACACUAUGUUGGAAGGUCUGGGAAGGAUCCGGGACCAGCUUUCUGCUGUUGCAAACAAGUGAAUAGCAGUGGGCAUGAAUUUCAGCUGCCAGGAAGGAAGUUAUUCUCCACCUACAGCUCUGAUAAGUUGCAGUCCAGUGCACUAUGCUUUCCGUCUUAACAAAAUUAAAGAGAUUUCUUUUUUAAGUUAAUGAAGAUAGCUGUUGAAAAGCUAAAACUUAAACAUGCACUUGGUCUGGUGCCAAAAACUGUUUUCCUAAUGUUGCUGAACAAAACCUCUUCUCCAUUUCAGAGAAGGAUUUAAGGGCUCAGAGUCUGGCUUAAUCACAAGGGUCGUAAUGGGAAAUGGCAAAUAGCUGCAGCCAAUGAAGCAAGCACUAUCUCCCUGCCCUGAAAUUAGGAUCUAAAAGGCUCAGCCUGGCUAAUGGGCUGCUUUCCAGCAUUAGCAGCCAAGGAGGGUGCUUCUUUCUGAAACAUGCAUGUACUGAGGCAUAUGCUGGAGGCAGCGCUCUCUCCCUCCUAACGAAGCACAGCCGUGYUGCAGAUUGUUAUUACAGGAUAAUGCUUGGAAAUGGGGCAAUUUUGCUACAACGAACCCUCUUUCGAUCAGCUUCAUAGCACCAUUUGCAAAAUGACUACCCUGAACAUCUUAAGCAGCGAGUAAUUUCCUCCUUCUGUUUGAAAAGAAAAAAGGGAGGUUAGAUCAUUUGUGUUURGGCGUAUUGGACUUUGUAUUGCCGUUGCUGCAGAAAAGGCAGGCUAGGAGAGGAAAAAAAACUGAUGGCUGUUUUCUGUACUGUAGGAAACCCUUCUAUGGCAAUUGGUGCCUAUACUUUCCUA